AUGCCACCCGUUGCUGUGCCUAAUGAGGCGCCAAAAAAAUCGCUUCGGAUUGCAAUUAUCGGACAGAGUACGUUCGCGGCGGAAGUUUUUAAAUUGCUUUUAAAGGAUGGACACCAGGUCGUCGGUGUAUUCACUGUCUUAGAUAAAGGGAACAGAGAGGAUCCUUUGGCAACCAUCGCGUCACAAAAUGGAAUACCAGUGUUUAAAUACAAGAGUUGGAGAAUCAAAGGCAAAGUUAUACCGGAAGUUUUAGAAGAAUACAAAUCCGUACAAGCAGAUUUGAACGUUCUACCAUUCUGCACCCAAUUUAUCCCCAUGGAAGUGAUUCUCUACCCCCAGUACCAAAGUAUUUGCUACCACCCCAGCAUCCUCCCGAGACAUAGAGGAGCGUCAUCCGUAAAUUGGACCCUUAUAGAAGGCGACACAACUUGUGGUCUUUCCAUAUUCUGGGCGGAUGACGGUUUAGAUACAGGACCAAUUUUACUGCAAAAAAGUUUUCCGUGCACUAUUGAUGACACUGUUGAUACAAUUUAUAAUAAAUAUUUAUAUCCCGAAGGGAUUAAGGCUUUAUCUGAAUCGGUAAAUAUGGUAGCAAAUGGUACAGCACCUAAAAUUAAUCAAACAGAGGAGGGAGCUACUUAUGAUCCAGCAUUAUUUAAGGCGGAGACGCAUCAGAUCGAUUGGUCCAAAGGUGGUGUAGCCCUACACAACUUCAUCAGAGGACUUGAUUCGUCUCCAGGAGCCACCACUUUCAUUAAACCACAAACCAAAGAUAGUGAAAAUGAAAAUAUUGAGAUCAAGUUCUUUGGAUCUGCUCUAUGGGAAGGCGAAUAUGAAGCAGAGGGAGAUGUUAUUAUUAUACCUGGAUUAGAUAAACCGGCUGUGAUACAUGACGGUGGUUUGCUGAUUACAGCAAAUGAUGGUGUAAAGUUAAAUAUACAAAGAUUAAAAGUUAACGGAAAAAUGAUCAACGCGCAAAAUUUUUACAAAGCUAAUGAAAACAAAGUCUCACUAGAGUUAACUGACGAAGAGAAGCAAUUCGUUGAGAACGCUAGAAAUAUUUGGAAAGCAAUACUUAGAAUCGACAUAGACAAUGACACGGAUUUCUUCGACUCGGGAGCAGGUUCCAUGGAUGUUGUUAGAUUAGUAGAAGAAAUCAAAGACUUAGUUAAUGUAGAACUACAAAACGAAGAUAUUUAUAUGAACACAACGUUUGAAGAAUUUUACAUGAUAGCAAUUUUAAAAGCAAGAGGAGAUUCGAGUAAUCAAGAAAUUAAGUACGAAGGUGUUGAGAUGGAAGUUAACAAAAUGAAAAUAAAAUUCGCAACACAAUUGUUCAUUGAUGGACAGUUUGUUGAUUCUGAUAGUGGAAAGACAUUAACAUUGAUUAAUCCAAGUGACGAGUCAGUUAUAUGCAAAGUGCAGAGUGCGUCCAAAAAUGAUGUUGAUAAAGCUGUAAACGCUGCGAAAAAGGCAUUUGAAGAAGGAGAGUGGUCGAAAAUCAGCGCCAGGGAACGUGGACAGAUUUUAUUCAAGUUAGCAGACCUUAUGGAGCAACAUAAAGAAGAACUAGCCACUAUAGAAUCGAUUGACUCAGGCGCAGUAUACACGUUAGCUCUCAAAACUCACGUGGGUAUGUCCAUUGAAACCUGGAGAUAUUUCGCGGGAUGGUGUGACAAAAUUCAAGGGUCUACUAUCCCCAUUAAUCAUGCCAGACCCAAUAGAAAUUUGACUUUAACGAAGAAGGAACCAAUAGGUGUCUGUGCGCUUAUCACCCCAUGGAAUUACCCACUCAUGAUGCUUUCGUGGAAAAUGGCAGCAUGUUUGGCGGCUGGCAACACUGUUGUUAUGAAGCCUGCAGCGGUUUGUCCACUUACCGCUCUCAAAUUCGCUGAACUAUGCGUACGCGCCGGGGUGCCGCGUGGUGUAGUGAAUAUUCUCCCAGGAAGUGGCACGGUCUGUGGUCAGGCUCUGGCUGACCAUCCACUGGUUAGGAAACUUGGGUUCACUGGUAGUACUGAAAUUGGUCAAACGAUAAUGAAAUCCUGCGCAGCGUCCAAUAUGAAAAAGGUGUCGUUAGAGCUGGGUGGAAAGUCACCGCUCGUGAUAUUUGACGACUGUGACCUGGAAAAGGCUGUUAGGAAUGGUAUGGCAUCAGUAUUCUUCAAUAAAGGCGAGAAUUGCAUAGCAGCCGGUCGUCUAUUUGUAGAGGAGUCCAUACACGAUGAGUUUGUUAGAAGAGUUGUAAUUGAAACUAAGAAGAUGAGUAUCGGGGACCCCCUUAAUAGAGGAACAGCCCAUGGCCCCCAAAACCACAAGGCACAUAUGGAUAAAUUGAUUAAGUUCUGUGAACGAGGCGUAAAAGAGGGCGCUAAAUUAGUAUACGGCGGUAAUAGAGUAGACCGACCAGGCUACUUCUUUGAACCAACAAUCUUUACUAAUGUCACAGAUGACAUGUGGAUAGCGAAAGAGGAAUCGUUCGGGCCCAUUAUGAUUAUUAGCAAGUUUAAUAGCAAAAACAUGGACGAAGUUAUUCGUAGAGCAAAUGACACAGAGUAUGGUUUGGCUAGUGGUGUAUUUACAAAAGACGUCUCCAGAGCUCUGCAGUUCGCAGAAAAAAUAGACGCUGGAACAGUCUUUAUUAACACUUAUAAUAAGACAGAUGUUGCUGCACCCUUCGGCGGUUUUAAGCAAUCCGGUUUUGGAAAGGAUCUCGGUCAGGAUGCUUUGAACGAAUACCUCAAGACGAAAACUGUUACUAUAGAAUAUUAG